CGCCGCUUCAGUUGUUUCUACUCUCCGGAGUGUCAUCCAGUUACUUGUGGGGAGGCGCUGUAGCCAUUUCGCCACAUGAGAGCCCGAUGUGCUGAGCGACCGACAGCCGAGUAGUUCAAAUCAGCUUUGAGGAGCUCUGCGCGCACACACGAACUCCCGGCGUCGUGCGCGAAGACGGCGCGCACACACACGCGCACUUCCUCCUCGUCAUCCGUGGAAAAAAAAGGGGGAAGAGAGGAACCAAGAGAGGGCAACUUCCAACUCUCCCAUGUGGAAAUCAGAGGUUUGAGGAUAAGGUGGAAUUUUUCUCUUCGGGGCUGUCCUGAUCCCUCCUCUGCCCCUCUUUUCCCCCCUUUUUUGGAUUAUUUUAUUUUUAUUUUUUUUUUAUUAUUUAUUUAUUGUUGUUUGCCCGGAUAUUGAUGUUUCUAUGAGAGUCCUGGUCGGUGAGAAAAGAAGUUUGGUUGUUUGCCUGGUCGGAUGAGGAGGAGGUGGAGGAGGAGAAGAAGAGUCUGGUUUAAAAGUGGGGGAAGAUGGUCCACAACGGCGCUUGGAGGAGAAGCUUGCUGUGCGUCCUGGCGCUCAGUCUCGGCUUUGCGUCCCCGCCGUGCGACGCUCGGAUUUACACCAACCACUGGGCAGUGAGGAUAGCCGGGGGACCCGACGUAGCCGACCGGAUAGCGGAAAAAUACGGUUAUAGGAACAUGGGACAGAUUGGUGAUCUCAGAGACCACUACCACUUCUUCCAUAGUCGGACUAUCAAGAGAUCAACAUUGUCCAGCCGUGGUCGUCAUAGUUUUAUCUCCAUGGAGCCAAAGGUGGAGUGGAUAGAACAGCAGGUGGUGAAGAGGAGGAUCAAGAGGGAUUACAAGCCAGUCCCACCCCAUUCUCUGACAAGUCCCGCCCACAGCAACCAGGCCCAAAACAACAUAUUCUAUAAUGACGCAAAGUGGAGCAGUAUGUGGUACAUUCACUGUAACGGGGACAUCCACAACUGCCAGUCGGACAUGAACAUCAUGGGGGCGUGGAAGAGGGGCUUCACGGGUAAAGAUGUGGUCGUGACCAUACUUGAUGACGGCAUUGAGAGGAACCACCCAGACCUUUUUCAUAACUACGACCCUCAAGCAAGCUACGAUGUCAACAGCAAUGAUCCGGAUCCCAUGCCUCGAUAUGAUGCAACAAAUGAAAACAAACAUGGUACACGGUGUGCGGGUGAAGUUGCUGCAGCUGCAAACAACUCUCAUUGUAUUGUGGGAAUUGCCUACAAUGCCAAGAUAGGAGGUGUUCGGAUGCUGGAUGGAGAUGUGACGGACAUGGUGGAAGCCAGGUCACUGAGCCUUAACCCUCAGCACAUUGACAUUUACAGCGCCAGCUGGGGACCUGAUGAUGACGGGAAGACUGUGGAUGGACCGGCGUCUCUGGCCAGGCAGGCCUUUGAAAACGGCAUCCGCACGGGGAGGAAGGGCCGGGGCUCCAUCUUUGUGUGGGCGUCAGGAAACGGGGGGCGCAGCAGAGACCACUGCUCCUGCGACGGCUACACAAACUCCAUCUACACCAUCUCCAUCUCCAGCACCGCUGAGAGCGGACGCAAGCCCUGGUACCUGGAGGAGUGCUCCUCCACACUGACCACAACGUACAGCAGCGGGGAGAACUACGACCGCAAGAUUAUCACAACAGACCUGAGACACCGUUGCACAGACAGUCACACGGGGACAUCGGCCUCGGCUCCCAUGGCCGCUGCCAUCAUCGCUCUGGCCCUAGAGGCAAAUUCUGAUCUGACGUGGAGAGAUGUUCAGCACAUCAUUGUGAAGACCUCUAGAGCCGGCCAUCUCAGCGCCCCCGACUGGAAGACUAAUGCUGCUGGCUACAAUGUCAGUCAUCUGUACGGCUUCGGCCUGAUGGAUGCGGAGGCCAUGGUCAAGGAGGCGGAGCGAUGGAAGCACGUCCCGGCACAGCAUAUCUGUGUGGAGAGUGCAGAUCGACAAAUCAGAACUAUCCGUCCGGAGCACGUGGUUCGUUCAGUGUACAAGGCAACUGGAUGUGCCGACAACCCCAACCAGCAUGUGAUUUACCUGGAGCAUGUGGUUGUACGCAUUACAAUCACACACCCUCGUCGCGGUGACUUGUCAAUCAACCUGACGUCACCCUCAGGGACCAAGUCUCAGCUGCUUGCAAACAGGUUGUUUGAUCACUCCAUGGAGGGCUUUAAGAACUGGGAGUUUAUGACCACACACUGCUGGGGAGAGAAGGCAGCCGGCGACUGGGUCCUAGAGAUCUACGACUCACCUUCUCAACUUCGCAGUCAGAAAGUGCCUGGCAAGCUGAAAGAAUGGUCGUUGGUGCUAUACGGAACCUCUGUGAACCCAUACUCGUCCCCACACGUCGAAAAGCCUCGCUUUGCGGUUCCGUCCCCUGAAGACGACGUCACAGAGGAAUACAACGGACCCUGUGACUCUGAGUGCAGUGAUAACGGCUGUGAGGGCCCAGGACCCUACCAGUGCAUUAACUGUCUGCAUUACUUCCUCAAGUUCAAAAACAACACCAGGAUGUGCGUCUCUGACUGUCCCAGUGGCUUUUUCCGUGACGACAGGAAGCGUUGCAAAAAGUGCUCCUCCUUGUGCGAGACUUGUGUUGGGAGUCGCAGCGAUCAGUGCACCUCAUGCAGGCCUGGUUUCCACCUCAACGAGGGCACCAACACAUGCGUUGCCAACUGCGCCGACAGCUUCUACCUCGAUAACGUUUCCAACAUUUGUAGAAGAUGCCAGGAGAACUGUAAGAAGUGUACAGCUGCCAAUAUCUGCACAGAGUGUAAACCUGGAACGAGCCUUCAAGCAAACAAGUGUCAGAUGACGUGUGAUGCAGGUUCUUACUACAACGGCCACAGGAGGACAUGCGAGCCCUGCCAUCGAGCCUGUGCCACCUGCGCAGGCACGGGUGUAGAGGCGUGCACCAAGUGUGCUGAUGGCUACUUACUGGAGGACUGGCGGUGUGUGUCGACUUGCAGUUCUGGUUACUACCUGUUUGAGCAGAGCUCAGAUAACGGGCAACCACAGAGGUCCUGCAAGAAGUGCGACAAUAGCUGUUAUGAGUGCUCGGGGCCCGGUGAACGAAACUGCAGUACCUGCGUCAGUGGUUACAAUCUGGAGGCGGGAGCCUGUGUGGUCAGCACCAUCUGCAAAGAUGCAAAUGAAGAAUCUUGGGCGGAAGGCAGCUUCUGCGUCCUUGUUAAAAAGAACAAUCUUUGCCAGAGGAGAGUGCUGCAGCAGCUGUGCUGCAGAACGUGCUCGCAAAAGGGUUGACGGGACGCUGACACCGGGCGAAAAGGGAGUCCGAGGUGGGGUGUGGGGCACACGGGGGGCACCCCGCCCUCUCAAAGCCUCUGCCCACGCAUUCACAGUCACAUAAUUUAUAAGAGAAUCUGUGCCUCUUUACAAGGACUGCAUCGGAGGUGCGAUGACAGGACUACAACAAACCUACCUUUUUUCUGUACCGGGACGCAUGUGGUCAGGAUGCAAAAACGACUGGGACUUGCUUCAAGAAGAAAUGAAAACAAAACAAACAAAAAGAAUAAAAGUGUUGGUAUUCUGUGACCAAAGCAUCGAUGCCAAAAUAAUUGAGCGUUCUUUUUUUCUUGCCAGUGUACGAGGCACAGCUAAAAACAGCAUAAAAAACAUGAGCCACUCAGCCUGUGAAUUCUGUGCAAAUUAUUUUUCUUUUUGAUUGUUUUGGCUCCUCUUCCUCCUUUCUUUCCAGUGUUAACAAUAAAAAAAAAUGGAAAGUGAACUUGCAGUAGGAAAGGCCAUGAUUUUCUGCCUGUAAAUAUAAAAGAAAAAAAUGCACACUUAGUAAUGUGAAUAUAAUGCAUGUCUGGGCUGUUGAGGGGGAGAAGAUAAAUCCACACUUUCUGUAUGCCACACAUACAAAUUUUUCACACACACCUAUAAACAUGAUGGCAGAAACGCAAAAUCUGAUUUUAUGGUGUUACUGUACGGCGAAAAUGUAAAGAAACACCGGAUUUUAUUUACUAAAACAGAAGAAACCCGCCCCUUGAAUAAUGUGUGUUUGUCUUUAUUGCUGUUUCUAGGAGAAUGCCAUUUAUUCUUGAUGUAAGCCCAGACAGCAUUGAUUAUUUGAAAAGCUAUGACAAACCCAGUCGAAAGUCAUUCCUUCCAGAGCUUUCUGCCAGGAGGGAAACUCUGCAGUAAAUUAUGAUGAGUUCGCGGUACUAGGGAUGUACCGAUGCCAACUUUUCACACUGAAGAAAGAAACCUUUAGCCUGAAAUUCUGUUCUGUUGCCAUCCAUCACAGUGAUUUAAGGAUUUUCUGGGGUAUUUUUUUUUUCAUUUUGUUGAACAAGAAAACGACUCGAUCUCAAAGCAUCUAAAACUUUUUUCCACAUGCCAUUGUAACGCCACUGAAGGGAAACUUCUUUGUCCAGUCGAUGAUAUUUUAGCUGUAUCGGUGCAUCCCUACAUGUUACUGUCCUGAAAUAAAAUAGUUUUAGAAGUUUUC